AUGUCUCAACAAGUCUAAGCAUCAAUUCAAUACUCUUUUCCCAAGGCUCAAAGAUUUAGAAGACUACAUACUCCUUGUUCAACAGACUAUUAUGAACCAAAUUAUUUUCGCAGCACUAGAGCCUCAGGAUUCGGAUAUGGCAAUAAGUUUGAUUUUACAAAAAUGUAAUCCUAUACUGAAAGUUUCUAUGAUCCAACUAGUUCCUUUUCAAAUAACAAAGGUGCCUCCUUUGGGUUGAGUAGAAACAUGGUCAAAAACAGAUCCUAUCUAUAAUAUAACAGUGUUCCAGGUCCAGGAUCUUAUUUUUUUAGUCCUAAAAAAUCUAUUGGCUACUCAAUUGGAUAGAGAGUAGGAGGAUAUCAUCACACUACUGAAAUGCCUGGUCCUGGUGCAUAUGAUCCAAAUAUUUAUAAGAACAGAAGCAUAUCUAUCAACAAAGGUCCUGAUAGAUUCUCAACUGAAUCCACAUUUUUUCCAGGACCUGGAGAAUACAAUGCCUAACUUAUAUAAACUUAAACUAAGUGCCGAUUUGGUAGUGCAAAAAGGAAGUGUUUUAUAGAUGAUGCUAUUAGAGCAGCUAAAAAAAGUGGAGGUAAUAUUUUAUUCUAUGCAACUAUCCUAGUUCCUGGUCCAGGUAACUAUGCAACAAUUACAUAAUUUGUACAAUUAGAUAAAUAAAAGAGUAGACCAUCUACUGCAAAACAUUGA